AUGCCUCGGUCAAAGCGUGCGAGAAUCGUCCACGAGUCGAAGGUCACCAAGAAGUCACACAAGGAACAGACCAGACGGCUCUAUGCCAACAUCCGCGAAUGUGUCGAGAACUAUGAUCACCUUUUCGUCUUCUCUGUCGAUAACAUGCGCAAUACCUACCUGAAGGAUGUGCGCACCGAAUUCGCCGACAGCCGUGUGUUCUUCGGCAAAACCAAGGUCAUGUCCGUCGCUCUUGGCCAGAACCCCGAGAACGAAGCCGCUCCCAACCUGUACAAACUCACACCCUACCUGACCGGUGCCGUGGGUCUUCUUUUCACCUCGCGCGACCCCGAGUCCGUCCUCAGCUACUUCGACGCUUUCCGCCCUCUCGACUUCGCCCGUUCCGGCACAGUCAGUACUCGCUCGUUCAGUAUCCCCAAUGGCCAGGUGUACUCCCGUGCCGGUGAAAUUCCUGCCUCAGAAGACGAACCCUUGAGCCACACCAUCGAGCCGGACCUGCGCAAGCUCGGUGUCCCCACCCGCCUGGUGAAAGGCAAGGUCAUGCUCGAGCUGACCGAAGGCCAAGAGAGCUACCCUGUCUGCAAGGAGGGUGAGAUUCUGGACUCGCGGCAGACCACGCUGCUGAAGAUGUUCGGUGUCGCUAGUGCCGAGUUCCAUGUCGACGUGAAGGCGCAGUGGACUCGCAGCACCGGCGAGGUCAAGAUCCUGGAGACGGAUCAGAGUGGAAUGGAGGUUGAUGGACAGUGA